AUGAGUCAAAACACCAGAAAGGUGCAACAAUGUUUGGAGAAGUCAAAUGCAAAAUACGUUGACUCGGCAAAAUCGGACAUUCUUGGCGCCUUGGCUGAAUUCAAAGACUUGUUGCCGGAUACAGAAAAUUUCGUUUUCCCUGAUGGGAAGAGAAGAACCGCUUUUCGCUUACAUGGAACAAUUCCCGUCUUUUAUAAGGGUGUGAGAUAUAACAUUCCUAUCUCUGUAUACCUCUGGGACACUCAUCCUUACUACGCACCAAUCUGUUAUGUAAGCCCGACGCCGACGAUGGUGAUACGUGAGUCAGAGCACGUCACAAAGCAGGGACGAGUCUAUCUUCCGUACCUCAAUGAGUGGCGAUUUCCGGGUUAUGACCUAAAUGGAUUACUGCAGGUCAUGGCGAUGGUGUUCCAAGAGAAAUGUCCCGUAUUUGCAAAGUCCUCUUCGUCUUCAACUAGCACCCCUACGCCCACUCCUACAACUUCACAGCCAACACCUUCGUAUCCUACACCUUAUCCAUCUGCAAACCCUUCAAUGCCAGUUCCAUAUCCCACUCCUCCUUCUAUGCCUUAUCCGAGUCAGACUCCCUACCCGACUUCGAACAAUCAGUUUGGAAGUGCUUAUAUGAACACUCCCUAUCCUCAACCAUCAGUUGCAACUAGAACGCCACCUCCAAUUCCGGCACCACCAAAAUCUUCCGCCACUUCAUCUGGCACUCUGCAACCAGAACACAUUCGAGCAUCAAUACUAAGCGCCCUUGAGGACAAAUUGAAAAUGCGGCUGCGGGAGAAAAUCGGCACAGCUCAUGCUGAAAUAACAUCAAUUCGAGAGACUCAAUCAGAGCUACAAGCUGGUCAAAGAAAUCUCCGUCGAAUGAUUGACGAACUCGAAAAGCAGCAGAAAUUACUAGAGUCGUAUAUUUUUGCCCAUCAGGACAAAAAAGAAGAACUCUCACGUACAUUAGCAGAAUGUGGUGAAGACAACGACGAAAACAAAACUUUGGAUAUUGAUAGUGCUAUCGAUGCAGCAACGCCCCUUCAUCGACAGGUUCUGACCAACUACGCUAAUGAUUUGGCCUGUGAUGAUGUUAUUUACGCACUAGGUCAAGCUCUCAAAGAGAAGAAGAUCUCCGUGCAAGAAUACCUACGAUGUGUACGAGAUGUCUCACGGAAGCAAGCUAUGCAGGCUAUAAAAUGUGUAGUUGUGGGUGACGGAGCGGUCGGUAAGACGUGUCUUCUCAUAUCAUAUACAACAAAUGCGUUUCCAGGAGAAUAUAUACCAACAGUCUUUGAUAAUUAUUCGGCCAAUGUGAUGGUGGAUGGACGUCCGAUCAAUUUGGGGUUGUGGGAUACUGCAGGGCAGGAAGACUACGAUAGACUACGACCAUUAUCAUAUCCACAAACUGAUGUCUUCCUUGUUUGCUUUUCGCUCGUAAACCCAGCGAGUUUCGAAAAUGUGCGCGCAAAAUGGUAUCCUGAGGUGUCGCAUCAUUGUCCUACAACCCCGAUUAUUCUUGUUGGAACUAAGGCUGAUCUUCGUGAAGACCGGGAAACAAUUGAGAGGCUACGAGAGCGAAGGCUCACACCAAUUAGUCAGACACAGGGAUUGGUGAUGGCGAAGGAGAUUAAGGCUGUCAAAUACUUGGAAUGCUCGGCUCUCACUCAACGGGGUUUGAAGCAGGUAUUCGAUGAAGCUAUUCGUGCUGUUUUGUGUCCUCCACAAAAGCCAAAAAAGAAGAAGUGUUCAAUUUUGUGA